AUGGUAUUCCACACUGCCAAUAUAACUGAUGUGACAGAUGAGUUGAAGGGAUAUGAUGUCAUUUUCUUGGCUGCACUUGUAGGGAUGGAUACUGAUGAGAAGGUCAAGGUGAUUGAUCAUUUGGCAAAGUACAUGGUGUUGGAGAAUGUUCCAACAAUUGGUAUCAGAGCACCCAGGUUCACACCUGGUUCUCAGCAAGAAAGAGAGGAUGAAAGCAAGAAGUUUGGUGAUAGGAGGAUCAAUUGA